UGUCUACAGGACUGUUUGAACAGGAAGGCGGACAUGUUUGUCAGUGAAGCGGAGGGACUGGGGAACUUGGUUAUAUUUUUUAAAAAUAAUACCACUUUAAGAGAAGAAAAAAAGUCCAAAACAUAGUUUUCCUUUUGGAGGGAACUGACCUGUCUGGAAUCACGACUUUAUCUGAAGCUAUAAGAUGCUGAAUGAGCAGUGAGCUGGAGGAACCAAGAUGUUUAAUCGGAGCUGUAAUUCGAACUCUUCGAAAUUUUGCGGCUGAAGUUUUUUCCUUCCCAUUUCAACUUUUGCAGCUGUCAGUCGCUUUGCGUUUUUCGCUCUCACCCAUUGCAUUGCCUCCCUCUUCGCCUUUUUUCUUCCUGCUGCCUUUAGGCCCAUCAACCUGAAGAAAUGCACUUUCGGUAAACAAUGAGAGGCGACGAUUUCGCCGCGGUUGCCCGCGUAUGGUGCAGACGUGUCUGUGAGUGCGAGGGACGGACGCCGCUGGAUUUUCGUUUUUCCUGCUGAAGCUGUCAGGCUGUGUUGGUGGGCGAGAUCGGAGAGCAAACAGUAGCCAAAACUGGACUACUUUUUUCCACUUUUAAAAUGUGGCAUUCGCUUUUCGAUGGCCUCGGUAUAUGUUACUGUGCACGCAAAAAGCUGAAAGAUGACUUGCUGAGACAGGCUGCGCUUUCUUAAAACGCCGAACUUGACUGUUAAACUGCAGAGGCCGACAGCAGCCCUCUCGAUCCGCCUUCGGGCGCGAGUGCUCUUGAAGUACUUUCGCCGUUUCUUUCUUUGCAUACAUUUUGUGUUUGGGGAGUUUAACUUUGACAGCCACCAUGUCUGCUGGAGAAGCAUUGGAUGCUCGAUUGGAGAAAAUCGAUUCUUUGCUAAAGGAUCCCAAAUCAGAAAUCAAUACCGACUGUUUGCUGGAUAGCUUAGAUGCCCUGGCCUAUGACUUGGAUUUUCCAGCACUAAGAAAAAACAAAAAUAUCGACAACUUCUUAAAUCGAUACAAAAACACAGUUAGCAAAGUUCGAGACCUGCGAAUGAAAGCAGAUGACUAUGAAGUGGUUAAAGUAAUUGGCAGAGGAGCCUUUGGAGAAGUCCAGCUGGUAAGGCAUAAAUCAACAAGAAAAGUGUUUGCAAUGAAGCUUCUCAGCAAAUUUGAAAUGAUCAAGAGGUCUGAUUCUGCAUUCUUCUGGGAAGAAAGAGAUAUUAUGGCUUUUGCUAAUAGCCCCUGGGUAGUUCAGCUAUUUUAUGCUUUUCAAGAUGACCGCUAUCUUUACAUGGUAAUGGAAUACAUGCCAGGAGGAGACCUAGUCAAUCUGAUGAGUAAUUAUGAUGUUCCUGAAAAAUGGGCCAGGUUUUACACAGCAGAAGUAGUUCUUGCACUAGAUGGAAUCCAUUCUAUGGGCUUCAUUCACAGGGAUGUAAAACCAGAUAACAUGCUAUUGGAUAAAGCUGGGCACCUGAAACUUGCUGAUUUUGGAACCUGCAUGAAAAUGAAUCAGGAUGGCAUGGUACGAUGUGACACAGCUGUGGGAACUCCUGAUUACAUUUCCCCAGAGGUACUAAAGUCACAGGGUGGAGAUGGCUAUUAUGGAAGAGAAUGUGACUGGUGGUCUGUUGGAGUUUUUUUGUAUGAAAUGCUUGUAGGGGACACACCAUUUUAUGCAGAUUCUUUAGUUGGAACAUACAGCAAAAUUAUGAACCACAAGAAUGCUCUCACUUUUCCAGAUGACAAUGAUAUAUCUAAAGAUGCUAAAAAUCUUAUAUGUGCCUUUCUUACAGAUAGGGAAGUGCGGUUAGGGCGCAAUGGAGUGGAAGAAAUUAAGCGACAUCCUUUUUUCAAGAAUGACCAGUGGUCAUGGGAGAGUAUUAGAGACACUGCUGCCCCUGUUGUGCCCGAAUUAAGCAGUGAUAUUGAUACAAGUAACUUUGAUGACAUUGAGGAAGACAAAGGGGAGGAAGAGACCUUUCCUAUACCUAAGGCAUUUGUUGGCAACCAGCUACCUUUUGUGGGAUUCACAUACUACAGUGGUCACCAGUUUUCCCAAAGCUCUACUACAAGAUCUAGUGACAAGAGGAGUAGUUCUUCCACAGUAGAUAAAAGUCAAUUGGAUGAACUGCAAAAAAGACUUUAUCAACUUGAAGAACAGCUCCAUAAUGAGAUGCAGUUGAAAGAUGAAAUGGAGCAGAAGUUUAGGGCAUCAAACUCCAAACUUGAGAAGAUCAUGAAGGAGCUGGAUGAAGAGGUCUCCCAGAGAAAAUUAAUUGAGUCUACAGUUUCUCAGCUUGAAAAAGAAAAAAUGCUGACUCAGCAUCGAGCAAAUGAUUUCCAAAGGAAGAGUGAUCAGGAAGCUGAAAAAAGACGGAAUAUGGAAAAUGAGGUAUCGACUUUAAAAGAACAAUUGGAAGAUUUAAGAAAAAUUAGUCAAAAUUCUCAGAUUUCAAAUGACAAGAUUGUGCAUUUGCACAAACAACUUGAAGAAGCCAAUGACUUGUUGAGAACAGAGUCUGACACAGUUGCCAGGCUCCGGAAGAGCCAAACAGAAAUGACAAAGUCAAUGAGUCAACUGGAAGCUAUCAACCGGGAUUUGCAAGAAAGGAACAGAGGGAUGGAAAACUCAAAAUUACAGCUGGAGAAAGAAAAUUUUCAGUUGCAGGUGAACUUGGAUUCAGAAAAAAGAAACUGGAUGCAGGGAUCAGAAGAAAUCAAAGAACAGCAAGCCCGGAUAGCUGGUUUACAAGAAGAUAUUCGGAAUCUCAAAAUGAGCCUCUCCAAAACAGAAGCUGAAAAGAAACAAGCACAAGAAAGGAGUAAUCAUAUGGAAAAGGAAAAGAACAAUUUAGAAAUUGACUUGAAUUAUAAGCUAAAGACUUUGCAGCAGCGAUUGGAGCAAGAGGUCAUGGAGCAUAAAGUGACAAAGGCUCAGUUGACAGACAAGUAUGAAUCAGUAGAAGAGGCAAAAUCGGUGGCCAUGCAUGCAAUGGAACUGAAAGUGGCAGAGGAGAGUGCAGCACGACUCAAAGCAGAGAAUCGGGUUGUGGAAGUAGAGAAACAGUGUUCCAUGUUGGAAUUUGACUUGAAGCAGUCUGUGCAGAAAAUUGAGCAGCUUAUGAAGCAAAAGGAGCGACUUGAAGAAGAGGUCAGUCAUUUGAAUGUUAGACUGGAGCAGGAAAUGAACAAGCGAGUAAUAAUGCAAAAUGAAGUGAAGAACUGGGCAGUAGAAACUGAUAAAGUGAAGGGUUCUGAAAAACAGCUGAAACAGGAAAUCAAUACAUUGUUAGAAGCAAAGAGGUCUCUGGAAUUCCAGCUGGCACAUCUUAGCAAACAGUACAGAGGAAAUGAGGGUCAGAUGCGAGAACUUCAGGACCAACUUGAAGCAGAGCAAUAUUUCUCAACACUGUACAAGACCCAGGUCAGAGAGCUGAAAGAGGAGGUUGAAGAGCGAAGCAAGCAAAUACAGGAAUUUCAGAAAAAAGUCCAGGAUUUAGUUAAUGAAAGGGAUUCCCUUUCGGCACAGCUGGAUCUCACAUUUACCAAGGCUGAGUCAGAACAGCUGGCACGGGCACUGCAGGAGGAACAAUAUUUUGAACUAACUCAGGAAAGCAAAAAGGCAGCAACUAGGCACAAGCAGGAGUGCACAGAAAAAGACCACAUUAUUAUUAUGCUUGAAGAGUCAAAUAAAACUCUGACCAAAGAUGUGGAAAACUUAACAAAAGAAAAAGCUGAUCUUAAUGAGAAGGUGAAGACACAACUGGAAGAAUUUGAGAGAGAAAAAGAAGAGCUUUCUACAUCUGUUAAAAAUAAUUAUGAGAAGAUACUCAAUACAGAGCGCACUCUCAAAACACAGGCUGUCAACAAGUUAGCAGAAAUUAUGAAUAGAAAAGACAUGAAAAUGGACAGGAAAAAAACUAGCAAUGCAGAUCUACGAAAGAAAGAGAAGGAAAAUAGAAAGUUGCAAUUGGAACUGAUCCAGGAGAAGGAAAAAUUUAACCAUAUGGCUGUAAAAUACCAGAAAGAGUUGAAUGAGAUGCAGGCGCAAUUAGCGGAGGAGAACAACUACCGUACUGAGCUACAGAUGCAAUUAGACAGUAAAGAGAGUGACAUUGAACAACUACGCCAGAAAGUUAAUGACUUACAGCUCAGAAUGGACAACUCUAGUGUAGCCAGUCUGCAGCCUGAUGAGGCAGAUGGCAAUUUACCAGAAUCACGUUUGGAGGGAUGGCUGUCGAUACCUAAUCGAGCCAAUAUAAAACGAUAUGGGUGGAAGAAACAGUAUGUUGUGGUCAGUAGUAAAAAGAUUCUGUUCUACAAUGAUGAAACAGAUAAAGAGCAAUCCAACCCUUCUAUGGUACUAGAUAUAGACAAAUUAUUUCAUGUGAGGCCAGUAACUCAAGGAGAUGUAUACAGGGCUGAUGUGGAUGAAAUCCCCAGGAUUUUUCAGAUCCUUUAUGCCAAUGAAGGGGAGUGCAGGAAAGAUGCAGAAGUUGAAACAGUACAGCCAGCUGAUAAAACUAAUUUCUUCUCUCAUAAGGGACAUGAAUUUAUUCCCACACUCUAUCAUUUCCCAACUAAUUGUGAGGCCUGUGCCAAGCCUCUCUGGCAUGUCUUUAAACCACCUCCAGCUCUGGAAUGUAGGCAGUGCCACGUUAAGUGCCAUAAAGAUCAUUUGGACAAGAAAGAAGAACUAAUAGCUCCUUGUAAAGUAAACUAUGAUGUUACCUCAGCAAGAGAUAUGUUACUUCUGGCUUUGUCACAAGAUGAACAGAAGAAAUGGAUAGGACACCUGGGAAAGAAAAUCCCCAAGACUCCACCUUCUUCAUUUGUACGUGCUUCUCCAAGGAACGUGUCGUCUAGGUCCACAAACCAGUCUUUCCGUAGGCCACAAAAACCAAGCUAACUGCUUAUACCUUGGGAUGUUCAUGGAACUUUUAUUUUUUUAUCAACACAUAGAGCUUCUACUAUAAAGCUACAGUAGAGGGGAUUGCACUUCAGCACUGUCACAAAUUACUUCAAGUUUUCGUAAUGACAAGUCCCUCUUUCACGACGGAAAAAAUUACCUUCACGAAAAGAAGUUCCUGCACCUUUGUUAUAUUACUAGUGUCGAUAUACCAAGAAUGAAGCAAGUUGCUUUUAAUAUAUUUUUUUUUUCAGUUUUUCCAUUAAAACCAAACCAAAAUGCUGCUUCAGAAUCUCAGUCGACUUUGACUUUUUGUGUGAAAAUUUCUCGGCCUUUUUUUUUUAUUGUGAAUAGAAGCAUUUUUUUAUGUGGACUCAUCAACAACUUAGAUAAUGGAUAAUUAUUUUGAACAUAUAUUUGGGAAAAUAAGCAGGAGCCAGUUAAGAACUAGGAGUUUUUGUUUUUUUUUUUUUUUGUUUUCCCCUGAUGACAGUGAAAUGGCGUCAGGUAGCAGUGUUCAGUAAAGAUGACAUUUUGAUGCCUUUGCUGUGGGAUCACCAUUGCCUUAAUGCAGCUUUGAAUCAACAGCUUUUCUUCACAAUUACUGCGUAUGGUUUAAAAAAAAAAAAAAAAUCAUUGACGAGGGAAAUAAGGAUACAAUGGAAUGACAUUGUGGAUAUUACCGAUGCUCAUUCUUCAUCUAUGCAUUGCAUUUUUCCAAGCCAUACUGAGGAUGCAAAGGCCUUAGGGAACUAACAGUUAUAUAUUGUAUUUUGAGUGUUUUGGGAUAUGUUUUAAUUGUUAUUUUAAUGUAUUGUCUUGCAUUGAAUUUUAAUUAAGGGUAUGAAUAAAAAACAUUAAAUUAACAAAAAUAUAAGAAACUGCACUGUUUGUAAUAUAAAUUAUUAUUAUAACACUUAACAGAAAUAGUGUUUUGACCCAUUUAGUGCCUUAACUUCAGAUUAUUGUUUUACUGCCAUAUCCAUUUAUCUAGACAGCUAAAAAAGUAACAUUUUUAUGUCAUGUUUUGUUAUGCCUUUUUGACCCAAGAUGGUUUUGUAUCAUUUUAAUUUUGGAGAAACACAAUAUAAAUUACAAGUAAACUGCCUGUUUCAGUGGAAUAUUCCAGCAUAGUGGUGUAAACUGUUUCACUUCAAGUUCUAUCCUUUAGUUUUAUUUAACGUUCUUUUCUCCCUCUGCUUGAGAGAAUUGUCUUGUAAAUGAUGUUAGCCUCCUGCUAUACAGCUGGGCACAACAAUAUUGUGGUUUAUUUUUAAAUGAAUACCUCCUUGAUAAUUUAUAAUGGCUUUGCAGUUUCAUUUAAUAAAUAUAAGCACUGGAAAUUAGAUUUGUGUCAAAGACCCAUUGUACUUUAUAAUAUUAAUAAAUGCAAGACUGUAACAAUAAACAUAUAUUCAAUACA